GCGCUACGAGUUACCGUUGGGGGGAUAAGAAAGCUGGUCUCUUCUUCUUCCUUUGAGCUGAGAGCUCACGCUGGACCUCCAACGCCCGGUUCACUUUUACUCUCGGUACUUUGACCGGUUGCGAAGAUGAGCCUUGAUAAGAUGCACGACGAGAAACUCGAGAAUCGGAGCGGAAGUGAGCAGUUGGAGGCGGGGUUCGGUGACGACGACCGGGUUGCUAAGAAGUUGCUGUUCAAGAUGGAUGUUCGCAUCCUACCUGUCCUCGCUCUCCUCUUCUUGUGCUCAUUCAUCGACCGCACCAACGUCGGCAACGCAAAGAUCUUGGGCCUGGAAAGAGACAUCAAGAUCAACGACCACCAGUACUCCAUCGGAUUGUGCGUUUUCUACGCUACAUAUAUCGCCAGUGAGCUGCCUUCGAAUCUGGUGCUCAAGAAAAUGUCACCCAAGAUAUGGCUUCCACUUCUGACAUCGGUGUGGGGCAUCUUGACCAUGUGCCUUGGUUUCGUCACCAAUUUCGCUUCGUUUGUUACUGUCCGCGCGUUGCUUGGUUGCGCGGAGGGAGGUCUGCUGCCCGGUAUGGUACUCUACCUUGCUGGCUUCUACCGUAGGCAAGAGCUGGCUCUACGCAUCGGUAUCUUCUACACCGCCGCAUCAUUGUCUGGAGCUUUUGGUGGCCUGCUAGCCCGAGGACUCAACGCGAUUGGUCCUGCUGGAGGACUCGAAGGCUGGCGCUGGAUUUUCAUAGUGGAAGGACUUUUGACCGUCCUUGUCGGUGUAUGCUCCGCGCUCUUCUUACCCAACUCCAUCGAAUCCGCCAAGUUCUUUACGCCAAGUGAGAAAGAGCAUGCGCGAUUCCGGCUCGGUGAGCAGAGUUCGUCUCACGAACGCUUCGACUGGGCAGAGGUCAAGCGCGGAGUUUUCAACGUCCAAGUUUGGCUUACUGCAACGGCGUACUUUGCAAUCCUCAGUGGGCUCUACAGCUUUGGUCUCUUCCUCCCAACCAUCAUCAAUAAUGGGUUCGCCAAGGAUCCCAAUCAAACACAGCUCUGGACUGUCAUCCCCUACGCUGUAGCAUCAGUCUUUACAGUGGCAGUUGCUUUGCUAUCGGAUCGUCUCAACCUACGCGGUCCGGUCAUGUUAUGUACAUUGCCCGUUGCAAUCAUUGGCUACGGCGUUAUAAGCCAGACUACCAACCCCAAGGUUCAGUACGGAAUGACCUUCCUUAUGGCAACUGGCAUGUAUGCCACUGUGCCUUGCAUUCUAUCCUGGAACAGCAACAACUCUGCUGGACACUAUAAACGCGCCACUACUUCUGCACUCCAACUCGCGAUUGCCAAUGCGGGAGGUUUCGUCGCAAGUUUCGUGUACCCAAAGAGUGAAGGGCCAUACUUUCACAAGAGUCAUAGUAUCAUGCUGGGCUUGCUUUGCGCAGCUUGGGUACUGGUCGCUGCAAAUGUUGCGUGGGUAUGGAAAAUCAACAAGGAUAAGGCGAGCGGAAAAUAUGCCGAAUUUGAGGGUAGAGGCGAUGACCGUGAUCCGGACUUUGUUAUGGUCAUGUAGAUGAAGAAUGAUAUGACUCUCUUC